AUGGGGCCCAAGGGCAGGGCUGAGUGCCAGUGCUGUGGGCCAGUGCGGAGCCCCGGGGCAGCCAGUCCCAGGCAGGAGAGCCAGGGCCCCCACCAUCUGUGCAGUCAGCACUGCACAGGACCACGGAGCCAGGACUGUGUGGAUGGGCAGAUCCUGGGCCAGCUGCGCCCUGUGACAGAGGAGGAAGAGGAGGAGGAGGAGAGGACCAGGGCUGCCUCACCCAGAGAGCCUGCCUUCCCGGAGAUGAGCUCCGAGGAGCUGCGCCUGGCCUCCUUCUGUGACUGGCCACCAACCGCUGGGGUUCAGCCUGAGCUGCUGGCUGCCGCCGGCUUCUUCCACACCGGCCAGCAGGACAAGGUGAGGUGCUUCUUCUGUGAUGGAGGACUGCAGAGCUGGGAGCGCGGAGACGACCCCUGGACUGAGCAUGCCAAGUGGUUCCCCAGAUGCCGGUUCCUGCUCUGGUCCAAGGGGAGGGGCUUCAUCCACAGCGUCCAGGAGGCCUGUGCCCCUGUGCUCAGCUCCUGGGACCGAUGGGAAGAUCCAGAAGCUACGGCCCCUGUAGCACCCUCAGGUCCUGUCCAAAGAGACCCCGAGCUUCUCGUGCCCAGAGGACAGAUCCAGCCUGAAUGUGUUAGAGAACCUGCUGAAACCAGGGAGCCAGGAGUCCGGGAUGCGGAAGAGCAGCUGCGGCGACUGCAGGAAGAGAGGCUGUGCAAGGUGUGCCUGGACCGCGCUGUGUCUGUUGUUUUCGUUCCUUGUGGCCACCUGGCCUGUGCUGACUGUGCCCCCAGCCUGCAGCAGUGCCCCCUCUGCAGGGCCCCCGUCAGCAGCUGUGUGCGCACCUUCCUGUCCUAG